GUAUUCGAAUAUUCAAAAAGCGAAUAAUUAUGUCUAGUCAUAACUCGUCGUCUACUCGUCUUUAUCUAUCGGGGAGAGUAGUGCGAGGAAGAGACGACAGACUACACACUCUAUUUUGUCUAUUGUAUAUGUCUAGAAAUCACUGUAUGCAAGCUCAGACCAGACUUGUCUCAGAAUAGUUUGAUAAUCUAUGCUCUUCUGCUCAGACCACAGACAAAAAACUUCAAUCAUAUGAUGAUGAUGAUAAUAAUUAUUGAAAAUCAAAACUGCUGUGGGGGAUGAUAGUAAAAUAAAGUGGACACUCCUAGUACAUCUGAGCCUUCCAAUUAUGGAAGAGUCGUGUCGCAUUUGUCUAGAACUGGCUCUUGAAACUUACAGAGUGCCUCUUUCCUCGUUAACUAAAGCAAACAAAACCGUAUGCCAACUAAUUAAGGAAUGUGCGUUGAUCCAGAUUUGCGAACCGGACAAGUUGCCCCAGCACUUGUGCUGCAAAUGUUAUCAACAGUUGCUCGUGAUGUACGACUUUCGUGAGUUAAUAGUUUCAUCGGACAAUUGUUUGAAAGAAAAAAUAUAUUCGAAAAACAGUAUCAUUAACUCACCAGAACCAGAUCUUGCGUUUAUUUGUAUUAAAGGAUUGCCAAUCAAACAGGAAAAGAAAAGCCAGCAGAAAAUUUCUUAUACAACCACGUCUCCACAGUUGCCACCCGAUGAAAAAGUUAAGUCCAGUUCAGAAAAAGAGCAAUUUCAGCAAUCUGUUCGAAAAAAUGCCGGCAGGAAGCCUUCGAAAGUAGCCGAAAAGAAGCGAAAGGUGCAUGAAUUCAAAUGCGAAAUAUGCAAAAAAGUAUUAGUUGGCCGCUCAAAUCGCCUGCAACAGCACAUUAUCAUGGCGCAUUCAGACAUCAGGAACUUCCCAUGUAACAUUUGCGAGAAAAAAUUCAAAAGCAAGCAACAAUUGGUCAACCAUUCCCGCGUUCACACUGGCGAAAAGCCCUAUAAAUGCGACAUAUGUAAAACUGCAUUUGCGUCAAUUCAGAGUCUGUUUAACCAUAAAAAGAAGCAUACCGGCAAUCACAAAAACUAUAAAUGCGCCAUGUGUUUAAAUAAGGGUUAUGCCACACCCGGGGAACUUGAGACACAUCGAAGAAUAGUACACACGGGCGAAAAGCCAUUUUUAUGCGAACUAUGCAGUCGAGCAUACAGUUCUCUAAGAAAUUUAGUAUUGCACAAAAAAUCGGUGCACGAAAAGACGGAAAAGUGCCCCAAAUGUAGCCUAAUGCUCAGCAAUAAGAGAAUAAAAUACCAUGUGCAGAAGCAUCUGGACAAAGAGGAGGGCAUCCGAAGAUACACUUGCGAUCAGUGUGGCAAAUCUUUUUUCACCCAAUCCGUGUUGAAGCGUCACCAAUUAUUGCACUUGAAUCACAGGCCCUACGCUUGUCAGAUUUGCCAUAAGGCCUUCAGUCAAAAAGGCUCGGUGGAAACCCACAUGAAGACGCACAGUGACAUCAGAAGUUACAGUUGUUCAUUGUGCGACAAGACAUUCAAGUACAAGCAACACUUGCAGCAACAUUUGCAUAAAAAGCACGCAACCAGUGUGGAAUCGCUUCUGGAGACGAUUGAAAGCGAACGGAAAGAACUUAGCAAUGCACUGGAAAUAAACGCUUCAUGUUUGUUUAUAAGAUAGUUUUGGGCCUCUUCAUUCUUCUUGCGAAAAGUUCGCAAGGAAUCCUCGUCACCACAACUAAAACAAAACAUGAAUGAUGCGUUUGGUAUUUCCGGAACUAAACCUCUGCACUUGGGACAAAUGUAGCUAUCCAACAUUUCCUAAAACAAUAAUGGAAAUUCCUUACGGUCACUUUUUGCUGGCACAUUGAAGCAUUUAAAUACACACCACUUCUUUAGACUGGUCGCUGCAGAUUACGCACUUGCAAUCAAAAUGAUAUAGACUCUUACAGGCUAUUUGACGCUGUUCUCUGUUCAUUCCCCGGUAGUCGAUGCCGUAACAGUUGAAAAUUUCCUCAUUUGCUUCAAUAUCUUCGAUAGCUUUCACCACAAUUGUAUCACAGAUAAAACUAAAAAAUUAAUAUCUCUACCAGUUAAUUAAUCGUAAUAAGCAAGGUAAUACUUACAAGUUGGUCACAUUAGCACGGCAAGAGUGAUUCAUGAUGCUGACCGAGGGAAACAUGCCACAGGCCACCGUGAUGAGAAUAUCGGGAAAAAGAAGAUCAGUGGAUGAAUAGGUCCAAUGUUCGAUGAUACUCGAAUUGCAAGACAACUGGGCAAUAUGCUUAGUGAUAAGGCCACCUACGUAUUUGAUUAGGCUGUUGGAAUUAUUUUUGGGGCAGUUUUUCUGCUGCAGAAACCAAGAGAAGAAGUCUGUAUACUUUUGCAAAUAUGAAACAAUUAUCGCUGACAUCUGGAAUAGAUUUAGAUAGCACUCUUUUGCUGUAUAUAUAAUUAGCAUAAACAAUAACGCUUCUGCCGUUACGUACCACUAUAUAAGGCGCAGCAUUUUUACUUUUAUAAAUAUUUGAGACCAAUCUAUUGAAAUAAGGGUAAUUGUCCUCUUUGCUGCCGAAGUGUUUCAAAUCCUCGUCAUAACCGCCCUUAAUAAUAUUGAAUCCGGACUUGACUCCUUUCAGCGCUGCCUUAAAUGCAGGGAACCCAAUGCCCAGAUCAUACCAUAUAUUCGCCUGCAUUCCUGCACAUUCCCACUUAUGGCAUUCUUCCCACGAGAAGGUUCUACAGUUUUCAUUGCAAUAAACGCAUAAAGUACACGAACGACACCUAAGAAACAAUGUUCGGAUUAGAUUUGCAGGCCAAGAAAGCAAAGCUAAAACAACAAAAUACUUACGGAAUACUGCUUAUAAUGUCUGUUAAGCAAUUGUAACAUUUAAAAGAAUACAACUCUUUAUUCUCCUUGAAGACUGGAGCGAAUAUGAAGGCCUUUUCCACAAAAAGCACAUCUCCUCUUUGAAUACUUUUUUGAGCAAUAACAUGCCUUCCACGAAUUUUGUCAUAACUAAAAACGUGUAUUAUUAUUUAAUGUGCUGGAAUGUUAGUUGAAGAAAAAUUCACUGGCGUUAGUGAUCUAAUUCUAAGGUAAACGUUAUGUUUCAAACCUCAUUUUUAAUUUCGAAGACGCAAAAGCGAACGUUUGAUUCUCCCCAUCUUCAAACCCUGGAAGAUCGACAAUAGAAUUAUCUCUACACAUGUCAACCUUAUUCUGUUUCAAAGUGGACCCCCGCAAUUGAUUCAAUUUCAAUAUAUGCUUAUCUAAAAAUA